AUGCAGGACAUGCUGCAAUCAGAAACAUCCCUCCGGCCCAGUAUAUGGCAACUCAGCCACGUGAAGCGGCUGGGCGAGUUCCGACGCUUCCCUCAACUCGCUGGCACAACCACCGGCAAGUUUGACGUUGUUGUGAUCGGCGCCGGCAUGUUUGGCCUGACUACUGCGCUAAAGCUGCGGGAGAGAGGUGUGAGCGUGGUGGUGAUCGAAGCGCACCGUGUGGGCAUGGGCGUGGGCGGCUUCAGCACGGCCAAGCUGUGCAGCCUCCAACGCACCAUGUUCUCACAGAUCCGCGGCAAGUUCGACGAUGAUGUAGUGAAAGCCUACGGCGCCAUGAACCAAGAGGCCAUCAACGACAUUGAGGCAGUGGUGCGCAAGUACAACAUCGACUGCUGUUUCACCCGCGCAACACACACCACCUUCGCCAUGAACGCCUCCGAAACGGAG